AUGAUCGUCGUCUCCAUACCUGCAGCGGAGCCCGAGGCGACGGCGCGCAGCCCCGAGAAGGCGCACACGGUGUUCCUGGUGGAGGUGCUGUGCAAUGGCCGGCGGCACACGGUGGCGAAGCGCUACAGCGAGUUCCAGGCGCUGCACAAGCGGAUCAAGAAGACCUGCAAGGUGCCCGACUUCCCCCCGCGGCGGGUCCCCAACUGGGUGCCCAAGGUGCUGGAGCAGCGCCGGCAGGGCCUGGAGCUCUACAUCCAGGGCGUCCUGUGCCGCAACAAGGAGCUGCCCCAGGACGUGCUGGACUUCCUGAAGGUGCGGCGCUGCCAGCAGGACCCCAAGGGCAGCAGCCCCCCCACCAGCCACCCGCCCUCCCAGCGACCUGUCCUUGGCUUCCACACUGACCCCUACGUGCGGCUGCCAGUCACGGAUGCACUCCCCGACACCGUGCUGAGCGGGGUGCUGCAGGGCCUCUACGCCCCAUGGAGCUGCUGCCCCCGUGCAGCUGUGUCCCAGGGACAGCCGGGCUCCUGAGCACCCCCAGCGCGGAGGGCAGGGACGUGGUGGUCGUAGCAUGUGAAGGAUCUUGGCAGUAACACCUUGCCUACGGAGCGAGCACUGAUGAGGGUGCGG